GGUAGCUUAGUACGGGACGUGCGCACUACAGUCGAGCUACAUGAUAAUCUGUCAAAAUUCUUAACUCAGAAGUCAUACUUGAUAUUUUUGACGUUUAAAAUCUAUGAAACACUUAUACAUUUAUAAGUUGUUAAAUUAAUAUUUUGUACCGGAAAUAUUAAAAUAUGACAGCGGAAUUAAAAAAGUUUCUUUAUGACCUUCUAAAUAGCAUUGAGGGACUUCAUAGUAUAUUGAUAACAGAUAGAGAUGGAGUACCCGUUGUAUCAGUAGCUGAUAAAAAAGCGCCAGAAUUGGCUAUGAGAGCAAGUUUCUUGUCAACAUUUGCAAUAGCAACCGAUCAAGGAAGUAAAUUGGGACUUGGGAAAAAUAAAACUAUUAUAUGCAUGUACAGUAGCUACCAGGUGGUUCAAAUGAACAAAUUACCAUUAGUUAUUAGUUUUAUUGGUAGUCAUAACUGUAAUACAGGUCAUAUUUUAUCUUUGGAGAAUAAAAUUGAUCCAAUUUUGAGCAAUUUAAAAAAUGUAGUGGAAGAAAAAUGUUGAUGGUUACCUGUUGCACAUUAUGGGUGAUAAAUACCAAAAGUUUACUGUUAAAUUUGGUAAGCACUUGUAAUGGAAGCAAUGUUAUCGUAUAUUCUUUUCCGCAAUUACAACAUAUUCGAAUUUCCUCAUUUCAUAUUUGUAAAUCCUUUUUAAGCAUUUUUAUUAUACACUAGCUGCUAUAUUUGUUUGAAAGGAGGAUUUUAUCUCAAAUUUGGCGUAUAAUAAUAUAAAUGUGGUCAAAGGGAUAGAUAUUAUAAAAUUUUAUGGUAGAUGCAAAAUAGUUUGUAUUAUACAGUGUCAAUGUGGCAUUUUGAUAUUUGCAAUGUGAAAUUAAAUAUAUAUAUCUUAAUUUAUACAUAUAUACAUAUAUAUAAAUAUAUAUAUAUAUAUAUAUAAGAAAAAAUUAUUCAAGUUUUACAUUGUAUAUACUGUGGAAUAUAUAUAUAUAUACAUAUAUAUAUAAAGUGAUAUUAAAACACAUCAAUGUCAUUAUGUUAUUGAAAAUGAAAUUGUAGAAUUAACUUGUGUAAUAUAAUCUUGUACUUUAAACAAUUCAAGGAAUAUGAAUUACAGUUCGUACACUAAUGGCUUACCCUCUAACCCAUUGAGAAUAUUUUGCGCUGCAAUAAUUGACAUAUCACGUCGAGUCUUCACAGUAGCACUGCCCAGAUGAGGUGUAAUCACUGCAAUAUAUAUUUACAUAUACAUUUAUAUAUAUAUAUAUGUACUGUUUUGCUAUACAUUUCUAUUAAUACCUAAUAAAUAUGUACGGAAGGAUAAAAAAAUUGUAACUUAUUUCCUUCGAUAUAAUAUUGUUAAAAAAAAGAAAUAUACAUUCAUUGUUUAUCUUGAUUUUUGAUAUUCAUUGUAUUAAAUGUUUUUAUAUGAUUUAAUACAAAAAGUAAUACGAACCAGCAUUAGGAAGUUUAAGAAGUUCAUGAUCAGGAGAUAGUGGUUCAGGGUCUGUAACAUCAAGUCCAGCUGCAAAAAUUGUAUUAUUACGUAGCGCUCUAACUAGUGCAUCUGUGUUCACGACUUGUCCACGUCCAAUGUUUACAAAUACGGCUGUCUUCUUCAUUUUGCCAAAAGUAUUAUCAUUAAACAUUCCUCUUGUUUCGUUAUUCAAUGGAACAGCAACAAUAACGAAGUCACUUUGUUGAAGUAAUUCUUCGAGCGACACAAAAUGAGCUCCAAGUUCAUUACCUAAAUGAAAUAAUAGUUUCAAAAAAGUACGAAUAAACAUUAUUUACAACCUGAUAAAUACCUUCUUUCUUGCGAGAAUGAUCCGUAUAAAUAAAACGGUCUACUUCAAAUCCUUUCAAUCGUUUUACAAUUGCCUGUCCAAUAUUACCAAACCCAACGACUCCAACCGUUGAUCCUCGCACAUCUUGACCAAGUAACCACCGAAGAUUCGAUUCUACU